AUGGUUGUCUCUGAAGGAAUUAAACGAAAGCCUGCUGAACAUCGCGUAGAUGCGGCGGUUUCUGAAUCUGCUUUUGCGGAGUCUGCAGACGACGCCGCCGUUGCCCGGGAAAGCGCCGGGAUGUGUGGAGGAGUUGCCUCGGUGCUGUGA